CGUGCGCAGGCGCGCAGCUCUGCCUCCAACAACAAGAAGCAGGAGCCAGGCAACAUGGCCGACCUGGGGAAGAAGUACUGCGUUAACUGCCUAGCAGACGUUACGAACCUGCGGCUGCGCUGCACCGACUGCCCCGAUAUCGAGCUGUGUCCGGAGUGCUUCUCGGCGGGCGCAGAAAUCGGUAACCACCGGAGAUGGCACGGCUACCAGCAGGUCGACGGCGGUCGGUUCUCCCUCUGGGGUCCCGAGGCAGCGGGAGGAUGGACCAGCAGGGAAGAGCAGUCGCUGCUCGAUGCCAUCGAGCAGUAUGGAUUUGGAAACUGGGAGGACAUGGCCGCUCACGUGGGAGCAUCCCGAACUCCUCAGGAGGUCAUGGAGCACUACGUCACCAUGUACAUCCAUGGUAACCUGGGUAAAGCCUGCAUCCCUGACAGUAUUCCCAACCGAGUGACGGACCACACUUGCCCAAGCGGAGGGCCCCUGUCGCCGAGCCUCACCACCCCGCUCCCUCCGCUGGAUAUCAGCCUGACCGAGCAGCAGCAGCUGGGCUACAUGCCGCUACGUGACGACUAUGAGAUUGAAUAUGACCAGGACGCAGAAAAGCUCAUCAGUGGGCUGUCUGUGAACUAUGACGACGAGGAUGUGGAAAUCGAAAUGAAACGCGCCCACGUGGACAUGUAUGUGCGGAAGCUCAGAGAACGCCAGCGACGUAAGAACAUCGCCCGAGACUACAACCUGGUGCCUGCGUUCCUGGGCCGAGACAAGAAGGACAAGGAAAAGGAGAAGCCAGGAGCAUUGGGAGUCAUAGGCACUGCUGGUGGUGUGGGGGGUGCAGGAGCUGGCGGUGGCACAAUUGGAUCAGUUUCCACGACAGCAGUGGGGUCAGUGCCUGUUCCCAGUACGCCCAAAAGAAAGAUCACCAAGGAAGAGAAGGAGCAACGGGUCAGACUGCGUGGGCUCUGCCAGUUCAUGGCCCAUCGGGAGUUCGAAGACUUCUUUGAGAACAUGCAUAAAGAGCGCGUGCUGAGGGCCAAGGUGCGUGAGCUGCAGCGCUUCCGCCGCAAUGGCAUCACCCGCCUGGAAGAGUCCGCUGAAUAUGAAUCGGCGCGCCACAAACGGGAGAAACGCAAGGAGAACAAAAGUGUGUUCACCUCCAAACGGGGCAGCGCUGGAGGAGGCGGGCUUGGCUCUGGGAUGGGACUCGGGCUUGGAGCUGGAGGGGGAGGAGGCCUUGCUGGGGUGGGCAUUGGAGGUGGGAUCAAAGAGGAGGGCAAAGACGGUGAGUUCGCCUCCAUCGAGAAUCUGGCGGGCUUUGAGCUGCUGUCAGACAGGGAGAGGGUGCUGUGUAACUCUCUGAACCUCAGCCCAGCACGAUACCUGACUGUCAAAACCAUCAUCAUCAAAGAUCACCUACAGAAACGGCAAGGCAUCCCGGCCAAGAGCCGGCUGCCAAGCUACCUGGACAAGGUCCUCAAGAAGCGCAUUCUCACCUUCCUCACAGAAAGCGGCUGGAUAUCCCGAGACGCCUCUUAGCGACCCAUCGUCGGUCAGGAAGUUGAUGAUUGCUGAUAGCUGAUUUGCUGUAUGCUCCAUGUGCGGGACAAAACUACUGGCUUUUUUUUCAAAGGUGACCUUGUGAAUAUGUACAUUGAACAGAAAGAGGAUGGAAAAAAAAAAAAGGUUUAUUUUCAUACCAGGUUUAGAAACAAAAAAUAGCCUCUAUUUUUACAUUUGGAAAGUGACUGGGAUAAAAAUCAACUAUGUGGGUUUCAAAGUACUUUGUGUCCAUAUUGUUACUACAUAAAUGGGAACUACGAUGCUAAAAGUAGCAAUCUACUGGGCAAAAGCCACUUCCAGCCGAAAGGAAGGGGAAGUGAGAAUAAAGAAUUUCAUUUCCUGGAAAUGUUUAAAAGUAGUAUUUUUUUGGAGUGAAUGUUUAGCAGCAUUGCACUGAUGGGAGACAGAAAUGAUCACCUCUGUGGUUUCAGGAUCUCUUAAAUUCUAAUUUGAUCAACUGUGUCAGGUGUGUUAUCAGUUAAAGCUGGGCUGCUAGAUGCUGCUGAAAGGUGAUUCAGAGAAUGUUGUCGUUAUGCAAACUGUCUAUUAAAGACCUGACAAGUUUGUUUUUCCACUCUAAAACAACCCGCUCACUACAUUAGUUGCUCACAAUUCUUUAAAGGGACAGUUCCAAAUCCAAAAAAGCCAUAUGUUUUCCUCUCAUCUUUAGUGUUAGUUUUAAUCUAGAUUGUUUUGGUGUCAGUUGCCUAGUGUUUGAGAUAUCAUCUGUAUAGAUCCGUCUGAUUUCUCUCCAAAAUAACGGGACUAGAUGGAAUUCUGCUUGGUGUGCAACAAAAACAUACAUUUGAAAAACUCAACAACAAUGUCUCUUUCCAUUAUUUGAUUUUGGAGGGAAACUGUCCCUUUUUAAUAAUCAGAUCUCAAGGAUCCUUAUCACUAAUAUUCAUUCCUUCCAAAAAAAAAAAAAACAUUGACUGAUUUAUUGUAUUUAACUCAUAAAGCCCCUGAAAACUUGGCUUUAGAUAUUUAGUAUUUCUCCAUAACAUUAAAUAUUUAUGCUAAAUAGGCAGUAAUCCAGCUAAAAAAAAAACAUCUUUAAGUAUAAUUUGUGAAGAGUCCAACACUCAUAAACCCAGCUAAUCGGCUUCAUCAGGACUGUGGGUAUAAUUUGAAAAUGAGCCCCGCCCACUUUAACCAGUAAGAGGAGCACAGAAAUCUCUGAUGUGACAUAACAGAAACUGCUUAAACGUUGGUAGAAAAUAUCAAGUUUAUGUUGGAUCCGUUACUAUAGAAAGUGGACUGAGAAAACAAGUUUAAAAUAUCUACAUAAGUAAUGUCUUAAAAAAUACCAAUAUGUAGUUUUUAUGUGAGUGAGUAUGAAGCAGAAACUCCACCUUAUGAAUUUGACCCACAGACCACUAGUUUUACAGAAACAUUAGUGCAUUUCAGCUCAGCUUUGACUGCUCUGCUGUCUGCAUGGUACAAUACAGGCCAAGAAGCUGCGUGUGUAACCAAUGAUAAGUACAAUUCCAAGAUUAUGCUAUUUUUGUUUACCGAGCACAUAUGCCUGGCAGGCUUAUAGUACACAACUUUAUCGUUUACAUUCAGUCGGCAAUGCUUCUCCUCAGUCCUAACACCACGCUUCAGCCCUGUGGUUCACAUGCUCACAGCUGCUCUGAGACCAGCUGUUGCCCACCUCCUCUUGGCAGCCUAUCAUUAGUUUUUCAAAGGUUACUUCACUUCUGUGUGGAAGGCACAACCAAAACAGCGGCACUGGUGACUCGUUUCUCAUUUCCCUGUUUUUUUUCUGCCAGCCAAGCCGAGGGGUUGACCAUCGUGCUAUUUAAAUGUAUAUGAAGUUAUUGAAUUGGCUGUUAUUUCACAGCAGGACCUCUAAAAUCACAGAGAAGAAAGAUGUGAAUUUGUAAAUCUAACCUGAGCUGGAAUAUGUGUUAGAUUAAAAUUUUGCCUCUUUAAUGCAUCUGAAGCUGUUUGAAAUUGGCCUUUUUGAGGGGAGUGGAGGUCAAGAGUGGCAUUGGUUCUGUAGCGGUAGACAUUGGAAGGAGAGCUUUGCCUUCUUUUUCAUUGAAUUGUGGAAAUUGAGUUUCUGCCUUGAAAUAGUGGAUCAACUGUGGAGGGAGUUAAUGUUCAGUUAUGGUCAUGCUUAGUCUUAUUUCAUCAGCGUGGUGCUCCAAAACAUAUGUACCAUUCUAGUCAAACACAAGAAUAACUAUUGUGAUAUUAUCUAUUUUUCUUUUCAACAAAUCCCAUGAAAAGACUAAAACCAACAAUGAGUUGAUUCUACUAUCAAAUAUUGUGUUUGUAUCCAAGGCCUUACAUAUAUAUAUAUUAGUCCUCUUUGCUAUAGAAUUUCUUGUCAUUUAAAAAUCGAUCAAUAAGGCACACUUGCACUGGGUGAACAGUUCCUUCAUCAGAAUGAACACACACGCUAUAGUUCACUCUGACUCAAUCCCACAUCCUCUGUCACAGAACAGCAAAUGUGGACUAAUCCACACCUGAUUAUAGUUCCCAUCAAAUGCACUAUUUCCUCCUGUACGACAACGUUUACUUAACGUUUACUUACAGUGGCCAGCUGUUUAAGGAGGUUAAUGAGCCCUCAAGAAUAUAUAUAUAUAUAUAUAUAUAUAUAUAUAUGUAUAUAUUCAUGAAC